AUCAACAAAAUUUCAUUUUAGAUCUAGAUCCAAAGGCAGCUUGAAGAAGAUGAACUAAUCAACAAAGAAUCAUCUUUCUUCUGCUAGUUAGCUAGUAUCUCUCUCUAUUCAAAUUAAUAGCCUCCAAAUCUCACUUUUCCUUCUUCUUCUUCUUCUUCUUCUUCUUCUUCUUCUUCUUCUUCUUCUUCAGUGGAGAUUAUUUAUCAAGACUCACUGAAGAAGCUAAAAGACUUUUCAUUCUCCUAGUUGUCGUCCAAGAUGGAUACAAAUAUUCAGCAACCGGACGAUACCAGCAAUGCUAUCAAUAAUCAAAAUUCAACAAGGGGAAAAGAAGGUUUUGUUUGGCGUCGAGAAAAAAAAUCGGAAUUGAGCAAAGAAGAAAAGAAGAUGGAGGAGGAACGCACGAAGGACAACUUCGAUAGCUUGGAUGACAUAGUAAAUAUUGGAUUCACUCUAGCAGCAAUGGCGUUUUUUGGUAUCACGCUAACCAAUUUAAGAAGUAUCGACGGGAGGGACCAGUGCGAUGUUGGUCCAGAUGUGGUCAAGAUAAUACUCGAGACGGGAGGUGAUGCACUCAUGCUUCUUUCUUCUUCCGCAUUUUUUGCCAUCAUUACCAAAUUUAUAGCCAAAGGUUUCAAACACAAGAAGAAGGACAAAAUCAAGAACACGGUGCUCAAGUUUGGCAAAUGCAUUUCUGUUGGACUUGCUGCUACAGGAUGUAUUCUGUUAGCCAUAUAUUUAGGGUACGUGUUUGAGGUGAAAUUUGGAAAGAAAGGUUGUAUUGGAUUGACAACCAGAAUGGCAAAUGGGUUUCUGUCGUGGGGAGUUUUAGGCGGUUCUGUAGUGUUCUGCUCAGCCCUAUUUGAUACUUUGAUGGGUUAGGUUGAUGAAUAUUCAAAAUGGAUAUGUAAGUUGGUUUCUAGUGUAUUAAAUUUGAAGGAGCUAUGGAGCCUUUCCUUGACCAAUUCCAAGAUAAUUGUGUUUGCAUAACUUUUUAGCAUUCAAGAAAUCAAAGUUGUAGGCUUGAUCUAGCUAAUUCCAUGAUAGGUAAGUCUCUUUAUGGAUGGAUAUAUGUAAUGCAUCAAUUCUUGUAAGUUCCCUCCUGGGAUGAAAAAUUAUAUCUCCAGACUUUUUGUUAUAUGGAACCAAACCAAGCUCUAGAUUUCAAAUGCAUCAAUUCAUGCCACUAAUCACAAGUUCAGGUUCCAUA